AUAAGCAGAUAAAAGCACUCAGAAAAAAACUAUUACUUUUUGUUUUCAUAUGAAACUGCAAGCAAGUCUUCUUUUCACAAAUCUUCAUAUUUUAACGGCUAUAACUUUUGCUUUUAAGAUCAAUUUAGAAGUAAUAUUGGAUGAAAAGUGCGGCUCCUUACUUCGACAACAAUGAACUUCUCUUCAGUGUUCUUGACAACAAUUGGCUACUUCUCGAUGUUGUACUUAAACGCCAAUCAAGAGGUCACGCCUGAUGAAGAUUCAAACAAACUGGAUGGUGAUUUGCUUCUCAAAGUCAUAAUCAUAAUCGUAGCUGUAUCUGCAGCAUUUCUCGCCCUUCUCAUUAUCGCAGGAGUGGCCUUGUCCGCAGUGCACUUCUUCAAAAAAAGAAGAAGCAGACUUUGUUCAUCAUGCACCAAUGGAGUUCUCCUCAGUAAAUCCAAUGAAGAAUCCGUGAAGUGAUACUAUGAAAACAAAAACUGAGGUCACAGAACGGCGAACUCGAAAAUUUGUGAGCAGGGUUGAGAUUAAUUAUACAAAUUUUUGAGUUUGCAGUCUGAAAUGACAUAAAACAAAACCCUUUGCUUUUGAGACUGGCGCUUUUUUAUAUAUAGUUCAUUGCAUUAGAAAUGUAUAUAAGUUAGCUUGAAAGCUAAUAUAGUGCUUAAAGUUGGAUGUAAAAUAUUCUUCUU